GGUUCGGCUCGACCCAGGUGGACGAGUACAACGAAUCUGGCGGCACUGAGGGGCUGACCCCUGGUGACGUAUUAGCGGUCUUCUUCAGUGUCAUGGCGGGCUCGUUCGCUCUAGGCGGUGCCUCCCCACACAUCACAUCGCUGCUCACGGCAAAAGGGGCAGCCGGCACCAUCAUAUCUAUCAUCAAAGAUGCAGGUUCUAAAGAACUGUAACCUUGACAUUGAGCCCGGCCAGACGGUGGCGCUAGUGGGCGCCAGUGGGUGUGGCAAGUCCACCAUUGUCAACCUGAUACAAAGGUUCUAUGACCCGGAUCAAGGCCAGGU